AUGGCUUCCAGAUCCCCGGCCGUGGUCACUCCACUGCCGAAACCCUCCUCUGCACCCGACACCCCUGCGAUCAAGGAGACAACAACGAACACCACACCACACACCGUGCCGUUCCCUUCGCCGCAGACCUUUGAUAUUAUUCCUCCGUUGCAUGGCCUUCUCAAACGUUUGCUUUCCCCCCAGACUGCUGGUGAAGGCCCCCGAGCUGCCGGUGGAGCGACAGGAGAGACAGGACCGUCAGGGUCAGGACCGAGUCAGGGAGUCCAACAGCCGUCACAUCAUCCUUCCAUGGGAAAUGGAGGGUUACCGCUGAGCACAAAGGAACUGCCCACGGAGGCUAGUGCCAUUAAAAUCCGCAUCCAGAAGGCGCACGCGGUGGUUGAGGGUCUACCGGACAUCCACCGCUCGGUCGCUGAGCAGGAGAGGGAGAUUGCAGAACUGGAGGAUCGCAUUUCCAAGCUGAAGUCGGUUGUCUCGGAUUUUGGGAGAAGAGCCGACGUCGGUGUGCCCGAGUUACACCGUUCGAUGGAUGACAAGCCUUGA